AAGGAUACCGUUAUCUGCCUUGGCUAAUCACGUGACUGAGGUAAUAGCGAAGUGACGCAAGGAGUAAGAAGUUGUGGAAACAAGGUAGCCAGUUUCAAGCGUCCAUCAUAACAAGUACGGAUUAACAUGGAAAGUCAGCAAACUCCCGAGAUUCUGGACUACCGGAAUGAAAAUGGUCAAGGUUGGUCCUUCUACAAACAUAACGGCCUCCUCCGGACAAUUCGCACCACCCCUGAGGCUGAUAUGGAAAUGAUCCGAAAUGUUCAGAAGUUCGAACUUAGAGAUGAUGACGUCAUCAUAGCGGCAUAUCCCAAAUGUGGUACCCACUGGUUGUGGGAAAUCGUCACCAUGCUCAGGGCAGGUAACUCCGAGUACCACAAGAAGUCAAAAGAGAUUGCCAUGUUGGGGAUGCCGAAGUUUGAGCGGGCUAAUGAGCUUCCCUCCCCGCGGGUUCUAAACUCGCAUCUUCACUUCUGUCAUCUUCCGGAGAAACUGGUGGAGAAGCGAAUUAAAACCAUCUUCAUCAUGCGAAAUCCAAAAGAUGUCAGCGUAUCAUAUUUUAACCACGUCAACGGAUUAAAAGAGAUUUUUCAUUUUGACGGGACAUAUUCAGAAUAUCUGGAUCUGUUUCUGGAAGGAAAAGUUCCCGGUGGUGGUUAUGCCGACUACGUGAAGGAUUGGCAGCAAGCGAAACAGGACAACCCGGACUUGCCUUUCCUAACAUUGUUUUAUGAAAACUUGAAAAAGGAUCCUGUUAAAAACAUCAAAACGGUUGCCGAGUUCAUAGGAGAGUCAGUCACUGAUGAACUCUGUGAGCAAAUAGCGGAAGCGUGCAGCUUUAAGAAGCUGAAGGUUGCAGACACGGAGGUGAAGGAGGAAAUGGCAGAUCCGACUCAUAUAAUUUAUAGAAAAGGUGAAGUCGGGGAUUGGAAGAACUGGAUAACAGUUGCUCAAAACGAAAGAUUUGAUGACGUCAUAGACCGAAACCUUGAGGGAACAGGCAUUGUAUUCACGUAUGAAUAGCUGACGGAUUAUUAAAGUUGCGAAAAAAACCGGUUUCCAAUGCAAGUUUCAGUUUGUCAACUAUCAAAAUUCAGAGGUCGUCAAAUGACUACCUAGAACAAAUAAUUUGUGAAGGCCAAAUUAUUAUAUUGCUUCACAUAUGUAGACACAGACAUAGACAACUAGAUAUUUGCCUCGCCGUUUCCUCGAUCGACAGUUUUUUUCCCGAUUGCAAUGGAACUUGUGUAACCGCACUCAUCAUCUGUGUCAAUGAUGGCUUUGUCAGCUCUGUGACGAUUGGCUUAUGCUAGCCUUAUUUACUAUGUGCACUGCAUCGACUUCAGUAUUCUGGUCCGUUUUACUUGACAACAUCACGGCAAAGUACUUUUCCAUCGAUCGUACCGGAAGUAGUGUAUAAAUUGUUAAUAACAGUUACUGUGGAAUUAAUUAAAGUGAUGGUUGACGUCAUAGACCAAACGUUUGCGGGAACAAGCUUUGUUUUCACGUUUGAAUAGCUAACUGACUAUAGGUAGUUGAUAUUUAUGUGUUGUCAAGAAAACUAAAUGCCAAUUAUCAAAAUCAUUAAUCAAGAACAUAUCUAUGAAUAUUCAUCUGCACAGUGUGUGUUACUGUUGAUCAUAUGUACACGAGAAAUAAAAUGUAUCAUAAA